GGUUACCGGUCGAUUUCAAGGUUAUCCAAAAUGGCGUCCAAAAUAAGACAAGAGAUGCCCCCAGAGGGAGGGUAUAAAGAAGUUCAAUGGAAGCGUGUGAUGCCAAAAGCCCAUUGGAGCGGUUAUAGGACAUUUCUUGCGUUUGCUGCUAUAAAUGGAGCAGCUUGGUUUGCUUACAAGUGGCAAAUGGCAUAUGAGGCUAAACGCCGAUUGGACGAAAAUGAUGCUAGAGUAGCUCUAACUCCGCUACUUCAAGCUGAAAGAGAUAGAAUGUUCCUCCGUCAAAUGCGAAAGAACCGAGAUGAGGAAGUUGCAGUAAUGAAAGAUGUUCCUGGAUGGAAAGUAGGAACUUUGUGGGGAGAACCGAUUUUUCACAAUUUGGCAGAAAGAUUUCCCGUUGUUAUGGGUGAAGAAAUUUAUAUGCAUAGCAGGAAGGCAGACUUGGAAGAUCGGUUUUAUGAAAGAAGACGACAUUAG